AUGCCUUCUAUCGGUGUAGCAGUGUGUGCCCUCUGGGUCGUUGGUGUCGUGGCAGCUCAGCAGGACUACCAUCAGCCGACAUCAAAAGGGUUUCGCAUGCAACAUGGCUUCGAGACUGUUCUUGUGCAGCCCUUUGGUUACGAUGGCUUCCGGAUACGUGCAUGGCCGUUUCAGCCCCCAACUGGCCAGGAAAUCAGCUUCGUCUACGAUCCACCCCUUGAGGGACCGGAAGACGAGGCACACGGGAUGCAGUUCGAUACCGCAUUCAUCGGCAAUAUGUCCGAGGAGUUGCGAAAUGGGAAUAUGAUCGUACGCACCUCGGGCUGGGGUGGGAACCCUGGCGGCUAUCGCCUGGCAUUCUAUCGUGUUGAGGCGAAUGGUACCGAGACGUUGCUCACCAACGAAUAUGCACCGCUCAAGUCCAUCAAUCCGCGAUACUAUUCUUGGGCAGGACCGGGCAGCGAAUUUUCAGCAGAGUUCUCUUUCAGCACGACUCCCGAUGAGCAGGUCUAUGGCACCGGUACCCAGCAAGACCACAUUGUCAACAAAAAAGGCAUGACGAUAGACCUCGUCAACUUCAACACCCACAUUCCCACCCCCGUGUUUAUGAGCAACAAGGGCUAUGGCUUCGUAUGGAAUAUGGCCUCGACGGGUCGGAUGGAGUUUGGCCAGCUACGCAACCGCUUCACGGCGGACGCAGCGACGGUCGUUGACUAUUUUAUUGUCGCAGCGACACCGGGCGACUACGACACCCUCCAACAGCGACUGUCGGCCCUCACUGGUCGUGCGCCUACACCUCCUGACUGGUCGUUAGGGUAUAUCCAGUCCAAGCUCCGAUAUGAAAACCAGACCGAGGUGAUCCUCCUGGCCGAGGAGUUCCAGAAGCGGAAUGUCCCCGUUUCCUUGAUCGUGAUCGACUACCAGUCCUGGGCUGCCCAAGGGGACUGGGGCCUUGACCCGCGACUUUGGCCUGACGUCGCUGAAAUGGCACAUAAGGUGAAGAUAUUGACCAAGGCCGAGAUGAUGGCUUCUUUAUGGCCCUCGGUUGCGGACAAUAGCCUCAACUAUCUGGAGAUGAUGGCUCAAGGCUUCCUCUCCGCCACCCGAUCAGGCCCCGGGACGACUGAUUCUUGGAACGGUUCGUACAUCCGCAACUACGACUCUACCAAUCCGGGGGCACGGGACUUCCUUUGGAAGACCCUGAAGCAUAACUACUUUGAUAAGGGCAUCAAAAACUUCUGGAUUGAUCAAGCCGAUGGUGGAUCACUGGGCGAGGCGUAUGAGAACAACGGGCAGAGCGAUUACAUUCAGUCGAUUCCUUUUCCAAUGCCCGAUGCAUUGUAUGCCGCUGGAAGCCAGCGUAGCGUCGGCAAGCUGUACCCCUGGGCCCAUCAGCAGGCAAUUGAAGAAGGGUAUCGAAAUGAAACCUCCACCAAGAUGGGAUCACCCUGUGACUAUUUGUCCCUGAGCCGCUCUGGUUACAUUGGAUCCCAGAGAUUCUGCAGCAUGAUCUGGUCUGGAGACACCACUGCCGUUUGGGAAACCCUGGGCUCCCAGGUUGCGAGUGGCCUCUCUGCGGCGGCCACCGGAUGGGGCUGGUGGACUCUCGAUGCGGGUGGUUUCCAGGCUGAUCCCACUGUGCCGUGGAGUGCCAACAUUGACACUUCGGAAUAUCGAGAGCUUUAUGUGAGAUGGCUGCAGUGGACGACUUUUCUUCCUUUUAUGCGCACUCAUGGAUCUCGUGCCUGUGAUGUCCAGACUGCGUAUACCUGCGACAACGAGCCGUGGUCUUAUGGAGCGACGAACACCCCCAUUAUUCUAUCGUACAUUCAUCUUCGGUAUCAACUGGCCAGAUAUAUCCAAGCACUUUUCUCUCAGCUUCAUCGAACUGGACGCAUGAUCAUGCGUCCACUCUAUAUGGAUUUUGAGAUAUCCGAUGCCCGGGUUGCCGAAUGGACGCAGAAGAACAACAACGUAACCACCCAGCAAUACAUGUUUGGACCUCGACUGCUGGUCACACCGGUUACUGUGUCUAAUGUGACAGAAUGGUCAGUCUAUCUGCCCCAGCCAGCUGGUAACGAGACCAAGCCUUGGACCUACUGGUGGACAAACGAAACCUAUGCCGGUGGUCAGAUGGUCACCGUGCCCGCCCCAGUGGAACAUAUUCCACUGUUUCAUCUGGGAUCUCGCUCUGACAUUAUGAAUGGGAACGUCUUUUAA